UCCGCCUUGCACGUGUGUUUACAAGGAAUGUGGCACCUUUAGGUUAAGAAAGGCUUGAAGAGCUAGCUCAGUGUAACCGUGUGUGUGUCGGCUAAAAUAUGGGAAAGUUAAAUGUUGUGAUAUUGAGAUAUUUAUCCCGAGAUGACUUCCGAGUCCUUACUGCGGUUGAGAUGGGGAUGAAAAACCAUGAGAUUGUUCCAGUAAGUCUUCUGUCUUCCAUUGCAAGCCUCAAGCACGGUGGCUGCAACAAGAUCCUCAGAGAGCUUGUGAAACACAAGCUCGUGGUCUAUGAGCGCACCAAGACUGUCCAGGGUUACAAGUUGAAUUAUGGAGGAUAUGACUACUUGGCCUUAAAGACUUUGUGCGCCAGAGAAAUAAUCAUUUCUGUUGGCAACCAAAUGGGUGUUGGCAAAGAGUCGGGUAAGUAUGAGGAAAGAGAGGAGGCUGUGGACAUGGAGGAAUAUAAACAUGCAAUGCUGGAACUGGAGGGAUUACGAAUCAGCGAAACACCUGCAGAGACACAAGAACAGGACGGUGAAAAGAGUAAGAACAAGGUUCAAGAGGAUCAAGAGACUGAGACUGCAUCUUCGCCUCCAGGUGAUGAAGAAACAGAGAAGCAGUUAGAUGAAGAAUUGGAGGAAGCAGAGGAUGAGUUCCCAGCGCUGGCAGAUCUUUCUGCCUCCAACAAGGAGUUUAAACCUUUCAGAGAUGCAGAUAGUCUUCUACAAAUUGUAGAGCACAGGAGGAAAAGGACAGACAGUGAGGCCACAAUGGGAAGCACAGGGAGCUGCUCUACCAUACCACCAGAGGUAAUCCGUCAGAAGGUGCGGAGGCAGCUCACCAAACAGCAGAAGGCGGCGCAGAGGAGACGUCUACAGAAGGGUGAGGCCAACUUGGAAACCAAAUCCAGGAGGGAAAACCAAAAUAACAUCAAGUCUAGCAUGGAGACCAGCGAAUUCUGGGGAUAAAGAGAACAGCAUUGAUGAAAUUCAUGUUAACACCCUUUUUCUUUUUUUUUCUUUUUUUGGGCUUUUUAAAAUUUUUUGUCUGUUGUAAACACAAUUAAUAAAUACUGUGUAUUUAUUCAAAAACUCAGCUUAUUUGAAUCAUUACAGAGAAAUCAAAGUGGAGGUCACAUAAAGUGAAAACUGUUUUGGAUGCUGUUCUCAUAAAAUCUCUUGGUUUUCUUUUUGAACUUAAGUAAAAUUUUGUUGCUUGCAUACACAAAUAUGGACUGCUUAAUAUAGCAAAACAGUGUGAUUAAACUAUGGAAGUGUUUUUCUUAUUAAAUAAAGGCACUUGUUUUCACAAAA